AUGGAGACACAAAGCUCACUUCGACUCGGUGACGGGCGCCCUGUGAAACGGCGCAAGGCGCAGCUGGCCUGCAACUAUUGCCGAGACCGUAAAACACGUUGCGAUGGUCAACAACCGUCGUGUACGCCUUGUCAACGACGAGGACGGUCUCAGGAGUGCAUGUACGAAAACUCUGCAUUGAGGACUCAACGAUAUGUUACUGAGCUCGAACAGCGGAUCAAGGACCUCGAGCGGACCAAUGUCAGCCCUGCUGAGAGUAAUCCGGCAAAUUCGACCUCGUCCCGGAGAGCAUCAACUCUUUCCAUUACUGCGGCGGUCAACAGCUCUGGUUCCCCAUCUGAUAUCAGGAGUCAGCACGGCUCUGCGCCAGCAGGCUCAUAUCUCCUAACGAACCCAGAGACUACAAGUGACGAGAGCUUGAGAGGCAGUUGGGCCGCUGCGCGGCCUCACAACGAGGGGCCACAUCCCACAGCAUUGGAUCCAAGUGCGAUGGUUCUUCCCCCACGCCGCUUGGCCGAUAGUUUCGUGGAUGCUUUCUUCCUGAUUGUGCACCCAUUGUGGCCCGUGGUUCAUAAGCCCACAUUCCUCACGGGUUACAACAGCCUCUGGGCACCUUCUACCACUCGAGACAUACCCAUUGAGUUCACCGAUACACCUCUGUUCUGGACAGCUGUCAAUCUUGUCUUUGCCAUCGGCUCUCAACUGAGCCACACUGUUGAGCCUUCCCGAAGAGCCUCUCUAGCUGCAGAGUUCUACGCUCGGGCUAACCGUCUAUGUACAGUUGAACUCAUUGAUACCGCAUCUGUUCAACAACUCCAGACUCUGUUGCUGACCAGCAUCUACUUGAAAUCCACUCCCAAUGCCGCCCGUACUUGGAACGUCGUCGGCCUGGCUGUCAGAGCCGCCCACGGCCUUGGUCUACAUCUUGAACAAACGCAUCGAGCCCAACCAAGCCAGCUUGAUAGAGAGGUCGGCCGGAGGCUUUGGUACGAUUGUGUCAUCAUGGACCGCCUGUUAUCCCUGGCGUUCAACCGACCAGCCGCAGUCUCAGAUACUGAAGUCUUACCACCCUCAUCCAUUGACGAUGAAUAUCUUCUACCAUCAGGCGAGGGCGUUCAGCCGGCGCAGCAGAAGUCCUACCUGCUUGCAUUCACCUUAGCAAUAUCUCUCAACCAUGCAACCACAGAGAUUUGCUCCAUGGUCGCAAGCCAUACGACAUCGGCGGAUCAUGGUGUGGCGGAUUCGUCGUCGAGUAGAAUGCGUGACGCACUUCUUCAGCACAUUUUAAGGAUUGGCAGAGAUCUCGAGUACUUCGAAUUCGAACAGCUGCUGUCCCUCCGAGCAGAGAACGGGUUGUUGGCUUGCGAGUUCAAUCUUUCUCGACAGAGGACAACUACUGUAUACGAACUCCAUGGCGACAUUCUGCGAACUCGGUUAUGGCAUGCGCGACUGGCAUUGCACCGACCUUUACUGUUCCGGAUGUGUGCCGAGAUGAGCCUGAGUCGGUUCGCUCGGGCAAACUCACUGGACUAUCAGCUGGUGGCUCGCGCCUCAGAAACUGCUAUCCAAUCUGCGACUUCGUUGAUUGCUGCUAUCUACGAUCAGCACACCAUGAUCAACCACUUGUCGCCCUGGUUCACCGCUUCUCGCAUCUUCACAGCCGCUGUAUGCUUACUUGUGGGACGCAACUGGACUCUUGCAAAGGUACCUGCCACUCAUGUGGAUGUCGCCGACAGCGACGAGCUCGUAUCGGAGCAGUUGCUCCAGAUACAUCUCAAAAAGGCUACUACUAUGCUGGAGUUGCACAAGGACUUUGCCCAACCCAUUCACGCCGCACAAUGUAUUCUCAACGGGAUCUGUGACGAAUUGGAAGCUAACCCAGCGACGACGGGAGAACACGCUGUAAGUGUUGACUGUAUAAGCCGCGUGGGUAGGGACGGGACAGCUACCUGGCUUUCGAUCGGAUCCGAAUCUACGGCCCUGAGCAGCGCCUGGCUCAUGCAUGACGUUCAAGAACUGAAGCGCAUGGGUCUCGUAGUACGCUAG